UCUAACUCAUACGACGUCCGGAGCGGGUUUGUUGUUGUGGCCCAUGUGACCUUCAGACGAACUUUGUGGUGCGGUAACCUCAUGGUACUGUGCGUCGGCGUAGAAAUUUAAGUUGCGUGAUCAUUUGCGAAUCAUUUCGGUAACGGCCCAGCAGCCACGUAAUUUAUGACUGUUCAAGCGCACGCCGACGUACAGUUGGGCUGAAAUACGACUUGUUUUGCAGGCGGGGUAUAACAGAUCACCAUGUCAAAGGAACGGGCGUCUCGACGGUUUUAUCGUGUAGAAAGUCAAAACCAACUUCUGUCUUUCCUGGACAGAGGCCACUCCGCAGCCCUCGAGAAUCGGUGGACAUUUGAAACAGCAUGGGAAGUGGCAAACAAAGUGGGUGGCAUCUACACUGUUUUGCGAUCAAAAGCGUAUGUCUCAACGGAGGAGAUGGGUGACCAGUAUGUUAUGUUAGGUCCCUAUAAAGAGCACUGUGCCCGCACAGAAGUGGAGGAGGCAGAAUUCCCAGUCACCAGCCCACUCAGUAUUGCUGUCAACAAAAUGCGUGAUAUGGGAUUCAAGAUACACACGGGAACAUGGUUAGUAGACGGAAACCCACAGCUGAUCUUGUUCGACAUCGGGUCGGCUGCCUGGAAGAUGGACGAGUACAAGCAGGAGCUGUGGGAAAAAUGCCACCUAGGUGCACCACACCCCGAUGUCGAGUGCAACGAUGCCAUCAUACUCGGUUAUCAAGUUGCACAGUUCAUUGAAGAGUUCAGGCAAGUUGCUGAGGAGUGUUCGAAUACUCCACCACACAUUGUGGCACACUUUCACGAGUGGCAAGCAGGGGUGGGGCUGAUAGCUUUGCGAACUCGUCAUGUGGACGUCGCCACAGUCUUCACAACACACGCUACAUUGUUGGGACGGUUUCUGUGUGCCGGGAACACAGACUUCUACAAUAACCUGGAAAAGUUCAACAUUGACGAAGAAGCUGGGAAGCGAAAUAUUUAUCACCGAUACUGUCUGGAACGAGCAGCUACUCACCUUGCGCAUGUCUUUACUACUGUGUCCGAAAUCACAGGACUUGAAGCUGAGCACCUCUUAAAGCGAAAGCCUGAUGUAAUUACUCCAAAUGGUCUUAAUGUCAAAAAGUUCCUCGCUCUCCAUGAAUUCCAGAACUUGCAUGCUCUGUCAAAAGAGAAAAUACAUGAGUUCGUAAGAGGACACUUUUAUGGACACUAUGACUUUGAUUUGGAUAAAACAUUGUAUUUCUUCAUAGCUGGAAGAUAUGAAUUUGGAAACAAAGGUGCUGAUGUAUUCAUUGAGGCAUUAGCACGGUUAAAUCAUUUUUUAAAGACAUCUUACCCAGAAAUCACAGUAGUUGCAUUCCUGAUAUUCCCUACCAAAACGAACAACUUCAACGUAGAGAGCUUACGUGGCCACGCUGUGACAAAGAGCUUACGAGACACAAUCAGUGACAUUCAGCAAAAAAUUGGAAAGAGGAUGUAUGAGGUUUGUCUGAGUGGGCGGCUGCCCAAUCCAGCAGACCUGCUACUGAAAGAAGACAUGGUGAAGAUUAAGAGAUGUAUAUAUUCUCUACAGAGAAAUGGUUUGCCACCUGUAACGACGCACAAUGUAGCUGACGACUGGAACGAUCCUGUUCUGAAUGCUGUCAGAAGGUGCCAGUUGUUCAACACGAGUAACGAUCGUGUCAAGAUUGUUUUUCAUCCAGAGUUUAUGUCCUCCACCAAUCCACUGUUCGGUCUCGAUUAUGAAGAGUUUGUGCGUGGUUGUCACCUUGGAGUGUUUCCGAGCUACUACGAGCCGUGGGGUUACACACCAGCAGAGUGUACAGUUAUGGGAAUACCAUCUAUUACCACAAAUCUCUCAGGUUUUGGCUGCUUCAUGCAGGAACACAUCGCAGACCCCAUGAGCUAUGGUAUUUAUGUUGUAGAUAGGCGCUAUAUAUCUCUUGAAGGCUCUGUGCAGCAAUUGGCAAGCUACAUGUAUGAUUUUGCACGACUGAAUCGAAGACAGCGAAUCAUUCAGCGAAACCGAACAGAACGACUGAGUGAUCUACUCGACUGGAGAAAUCUCGGAAUAUUCUACAGACAAGCACGGCAGAAGGCCCUACUGAGAACAUUCCCAGACAUGGCAUCUGAGGAAGACGAAGGUGCCUUGGGCAAGUUCAGAUACCCUCGCCCUCUUUCCGAACCACCGUCUCCCGCCAGUUCGCGACCGACGACACCUGCGACGUCAUUGCCGGGUAGUGACGAAGAGGAUGAAGUUGAUGAAGAGAAAGAGCUUCAAGAACUCAAUGCUGUAAACCAUGUUAGCAGAUGAAGAACAAAGAAGUCGCUGCAUGCAAAGAAGAGAAUAACAAAUCAUUUGUCGUGUGUUCUGUUGAUAGAAUCUUAAAUGUUUAAACUAGGUGAUUAAAAAUCAAAAUGUAAUACUUUUACUUUGCGAUAGGUAGGGCUAAUUCUAUUUUCUUAUUGUACCAGAUCUUUUAGACAGAUUUUUCAGUGAAUAUAUUUUUGUAACUGUGUGUCUUAUUCUUAUUAAUCUGCUCAGUACUAUCCAGUGUAAUUUAUUGCUAUGUAGUAUUGACUUCUCCUCUUUUAUAGAGAGUGUUUAGCAACAACGGUAAAAGGAACUGUGCUGCAGUCUCUGGAAUAUGGCAGUGAUGGUUCCAAAUUACACUUAAAAUUUUCAAUAUUUGUAAUUAUGGUACUCAAUUUUGGAGGAUUCCAAAUAACAGCAAAAUUCUUUUUGUUCCUUUGUUUAAAGUAAUACACAUUGUCUUGGCAAUUUCAGAUAUUUUACUUUAUUGCAUGUUGAUCAAUUUCAGUAAGCUUUUAGUGCUGUUACACUAAAAUGGUAAAAGGAGAUCUAAAUUUCAACAGUGAUAUUAGUGUUAUUUCAAACUGCUGUAUAUGCAUUCUCCUUGUAAUUAGUGUAAUGUAGCUCUGCUUCAUAUAUCACUUUAGACUUGUGUGCUAAAUCCGUUUUAAAGGCAGAUGAUAUGUUCAGUUCUUUCAACAUGUUGUGGAUCACACUUAGUCAGGGUAUUGUGUUCAGUUUAAUACACAUAAACAUUAACUACAUUACUGGCAAAAAUGUGUGUGUUUUUGUUACUGCCAUAUUGUGCCAAAAGAGGUUAUUAGUGUAUGGAAGAUUUGAAUACACUAUGUUGAUGGAUGCUUAAUGGUUACAUGUUGUAAUUUAAACUAUAAAAAUGGAAUAUGGAUGUCAAUGUUGAAGAUAUUUAAGUACAUAUCAUUUGUAAGUGUGCAUGUAUCUUGAAGGAAAUAGUGCAGAAUUCCUUUGCUUGUGUGAAGUUUAAGUGAGUACUUCUUAAUGUUAGGGAGCAAAAGUACAAUAUUAACUGUUUUACUGUGAUGGUCUGUUGUUAAAUUUUAUUUUUAAUAUUCAGACUUCUUAGCAGCUAAGAAAAUCUCCCAUUUUAUCUUGUUUUUUAUUAGCAAAAUAUAUUUACUUUUUACCAUUUAA